CAACACACACAUUAAUGUAACAGGAACAUGCAACACACACAUUCAUGUAACAGGAACAUGUAACACACACAUUAAUGUAACAGGAACAUGUAACACACACAUUAAUGCAGCAGGUGUCCGUGUGCAGUGCAGCUUGUGAUCAUUCCUUUACAUCCUGUUGGUAGUUUAAUCUACACACUGCAUCAGAUUUUAUAACAUCAUCACAUGUUUUGUAUCUUUGUCUCUAAAAGUCAACUUUUCACGAGUUCCUCAGAAAAACAGUUUCAGCUUUGAUGCAUCUUCCAGCUGAUCAAGAGACUUUAAAGACUUUAUUCAUCUGAAGAAGAAGAUGAAGAAUCUUCUCAUGAAGGAAGCUUCAACACAUCUGGAGAUGUAGUGGAGAAGAAGUAUAAAGUAGUACAACAUGGAAAUACUCAAGUACAAGUACUCAAACACUAACUAAGUCUAAAGCUCCGUAUUUCAGGAGAUGAAACUGUAACACAAACUCUUUAAUAUCUUUGACAUUAAAUGUUUAAAUGUUGCAGACCCUGCAGGCUUGUAAUCCCCAGACUUGGAGCUAGAUGUCAUACGAGAGCUGUGAGUAUUCGCUCGACAUCAUGCAGGAGAAACAUUCCUGCUCUGGAAGUUAUUCUGUCUUUCUUCUACGUUGCACCGAACUAAAGGUGAAGCUGUGACUUUACUUUUAGUUUACAAAUGUUUCAGUAAUUCAAAAAUAAAGUAUUAUACAAAGUGCACAAUUAAUCCCUGCAGUUAUUUAUAAAUGUGUUUCUGUGCGUACAGUUAUAUUAUAUAGUCUCUGUCUGAUCAUAGAAAAUAGAAAUGUAACUUUAUUUCCUGAAAUCUAAAGAUUGUUUAUCAUGCAUUACUGUAUAUGCACUGCAGAACUGCAAUUCUUUCAAAGAGAGAAGUAGUCAGUUAUAUAUAAUAAAUAUGUUGCCAAGUAGAGAAAGCUUUUUCUGAAAAUAAUCGUUAUUUAAAAAUUUUAAUAUGUAAAAAAAAAAAAAAAAAAUCGAUUGAUAUCAGUGUGACGUCAUCAAAAUGACCAAAACUGUGCUACUUCAAAAGAUUAAUGACACUUCUGAAAGUGUCAUUCACACCUGAUGAUCUCACACAGUUUACAGGUUAGUUGAACUGGAACUUAAUAACACGCACACACACCCCCUCUUCCUCCCCCCUCCCUCUUCUCUCGGGUCCUCCUUUCUCUCUCAGACGGAGCUCGGCGUCUCCACUGGCCGCACUUCACCGCGCUCUACCCCGGCCUCGGAGCGCUCCGGAGCGGCUGUACGUUAGAAACUUCACGGGACGGAGGUGGAGCAACCAAAGGUGGGAUUCAACACUUGACCCCCUCCUCCACCCUCAGCUGCGGAGGCUCGGUUCACUUUUUCCGCUCUGGUCGCUUUGGUGAUGCCUCCAGCCUGGGGCCGCUCCGGGACGCACCCAAAGCAGACAGGUGCAUCUCUUCUACACGACCAAAGACGCGCGAAGAUGAAGGAAAACUGAUCUUUUUGUGGCGGUUUUAAGUUGGAAGUUUUGGCCUUUCUUUUGGACUGAUUAUCAGAAACCACCGAUGGAUCGAUUAUUUUGGGAAACGCAUCAGUUCGAUGUUACGGGUUAGACAGAAUCACACGAUGCUGCUUCCAGUCUCGAGGUUACUGUGUUUGUGGCUGUGCAGCGAGGCCGUCGCGAGUCCGCUCCACUGGCAGAAAACAAAGACGACUUUAAGUCCUCAUCAUGAACCCACCGCCGCUGAGAGGAGUGCGCAGAGCCGGAGAUGGCGUUCUCUCACUGGGGAGGACAAUAGGGGGACGCAGGGUGCGAGUGCGCAGGCCUCGGGGCUGGAUACUGUAACCCCGUCAUCCUCUAAAGUGCUGGGGACACCGGUACCCCGGCGCGCUGUGCGUAAACGCGACGCGCAAAAUGGACUGCUGCUGAUACCCGGAGACGAAGCGUUACGCGCCGAUAUAAACAAGGCCGGUGCGCUGCAGGGUGGUGGAUGCAGUCCGGGUGAAGUGCUUAAACCAUCCCGGCAUGGACGCACGUGUAGCCUCGGGAGGACCGGACACAAUCGGCGGCAGAGCGUAAAAGCCAGCAGGAGGAAGCGGAGCGAUGCGCAGGAUGGAGCCGCCAUGGCGCAGGAACAAGAGGUCGGACCCCCCUUUGGACUCAACACCAGCGACUAUGAAGAGGAGUACAUUCUGCCGGACAUUCCCGACAGCACUCCGCUCGUGCCGGUGAACCCGCGGACCAGGCGGAAGCAGGUGAAGAACCCGUUUUACCCGCUGACCGCGGAGUCGUACGGAGCCUACGCGGUUAUGAUCGCCGCCGCCGUCAUCUUCAGCGUGGGGGUCAUCGGGAACGUGUCGGUCAUGUGCAUCGUGUGUCACAACUACUACAUGAGGAGCAUCUCCAACUCGCUGCUGGCCAACCUCGCGCUCUGGGAUUUCGUCAUCAUCUUCUUCUGCCUGCCGCUCGUGGUGUUCCACGAGCUCACCAAGGACUGGCUGCUGGGGGAGUUCUCGUGCAGGAUCAUCCCCUACCUGGAGGUGGCUUCUCUCGGGGUCACGACCUUCACGCUGUGCGCUCUGUGCAUCGAUCGUUUCCGCGCCGCCACCAACGUGCAGAUGUACUACGAGAUGAUCGAGAACUGGGCGUCCACCACCGCCAAGCUCGCCGUCAUCUGGGUGGGCGCUCUGCUGCUGGCGCUCCCCGAGCUGCUGAUCCGACAGCUCGUCAUCGAGGACGGCGACCCGCCUGACGUGACGCCGUGCGAGCGCUGCGUGAUCCGGAUCUCCACCGACCUCCCGGACACGCUGUACGUCCUGGGCCUCACCUACGACGGCGCUCGCCUCUGGUGGUACUUCGGCUGUUACUUCUGCCUGCCGACGCUCUUCACCAUUUUCAGCUCGCUGGUCACCGCCCGCAAGAUCCGCCACGCCGAGCGCGCCUGCGUCCGCGGCAGCAAUAAGCAGAUCCAGCUGGAGAGCCAGAUGAACUGUGCCGUGGUGGCGUUGGCCAUCCUCUACGGCUUCUGCAUCAUUCCGGAGAACAUCUGCAACAUCAUCAGCGCGUACAUGGCGGCCGGCAUUCCCAGGAGGACGCUGGACAUCCUGCAGCUGCUCAGCCAGAUGCUGCUCUUCUGUAAGUCGGCGGUGACGCCCGUGCUGCUCUUCUGCUUGUGCCAGCCGUUCACCAGAGCCUUCCUGGACUGCUGCUGCUGCUGCUGCAACGAGUGCGGCCCGCCCCGCGCCACCACCGCCACCGCCGGCAGUGACGCCGACGACUGCGCCACCACCGAACUGGAGCUGUCCCCGUUCAACACCAUUCACGGGGAGCCGUCCACCUCCGCCGCCUACACCCAUGUGGGGACACACUGCUGAGGUCAAAGGUCACGCGCAGCUUCUUACGUGACGAGGAGUUUGACCGGUGGACGCGUUGACGCAUCAGGCUGCACGGUCCUGAGGGACACGUCUGUGUUUACAGUUUCUAUGAGAACACUCGUGUUAGUUAACAGUGUUUGUUUAGUCCUUUUAAUCCUUCCAAUCUUCUUCUUCAGCAUCACUGCAUCGUACAGAAGCUGAGACACGUGGACACUGAUGUGUCCUGACGUCUUCUACGUGUCAGAUAUUAGUUAGUGUUGUAUGUUGUAUGAGUUAACUUCCCUGUAAAGCAACAUUUAAACAAAUGAUUCAUUUUUUAUAUUUCUAUUUUCCUGUUUAUAUGUUGAACUCUUUUCUUUCCUGUAGACACAUUUCUGUUGUUCUGCAUGUUCAGCUGCUGCAAACUCACUAAAAGACUUUUAGCAUUCGAACUCUGUCUCUGUUUUGUAAAAAGUUCUUUUCAAGGAAAGUUUUUGGGAUAAAAACUGAUCGUCAAACAUUCCUUUGUGAGAGUCGGAGCGUCGGUGAUGUUGAUGAUGUUUGAAAGCAGAAAACUUGCACUUUGUUAGCCACAAGAGAAGUGUCACUUUAAUUAAAAAGUAUUUAAAUACA